CAUGUGGAUGUUUUUAGCGGACCACACGUGUGUUCGGCGGCUACGGGUUUCUGGUUCCAGCCUGUGAUUGUGUGUUGUUUUAAAUACACGACAUGGCAAAAACAGACUCUACAAGACGUAGAACGAGACAAAGCAAAGUGGUCCGAGAUGGAGAGAAGGAGGACAACGCUAACGCUGAAGGGCAGACUGAGAUAGAGGAGGACAAUCCCACUGAGAGAACAGAAGUGGAGCUGAAACUGGAGGGAGAUGAACAAGAUCUUCAGACAGACACCGUCAUCGAGGUGAAAGGAAGCACCCCAACAGUAACUAUAUCCUGGGAGAAUGUGGAAGGACAGGGUGAUGACACAGAAGACAUGAUCAGUGCAAAUGAUCAGAUGACUGGUGGAGGUGAGGCGCUUGUCACGGUACUCUCUGAUGCUGUCGGUCCCGCUGAUGAAGCUCCCAGCCAGACUGCAGAGACAGAAGUGGAGGAAGAGAUGGAGGAAUGUGGCACAAAACAGGAAUCCCAAAUGAAAACCGCUUCCCAAGAAAAUGAAAGUACAGCCGCAGUAACCCAGAAGAGGAAGAAGAAGAAGACUGAAAAAGAAACCAAUGGAAAUAAACAGAAGACUGUUAAAAAGACAGCAGUAAAGGGGAAGCGGAAGGCGGACCCUGCUGCUGAGACUUCCCCUUCAAAGAAAACUAAGCUUGUCAGCGAUGAUUUUCGUCUUUUUGUCGGCAACCUGAACAACUCUAAACCAUGUGCAGAAAUCAGAGACUCACUAGCGAACUACUUUGUGACACAAAGUCUCCUGUUUGAAGACAUCCAGUUGGAUCGGACCAAAAAACACGCGUUUGUAAAUCUGGCCUCUGAAAUGGAUUUGACCAAAGCGCUGGCGUUGGAUGGAGAGAUGCUCCUCGAUAAGCCGCUCAAAAUCGCCAAAGCGAAGAUCAAAAGUGAGGACAAAGUGAAGGUCAAACCUCCUCCACUGGACAAAAAAGCCAAAGAUGCCAGAUGCUUGUUUCUGAAGAACCUGCCGUACAAUGCAACAAAAAAAGACAUUCUGAAACGUUUCCGCAAGGCCGUCGCCAUCCGGUUUCCUGGUGGAGCUGAAGGCCCGAGUCAAGGUAUUGCCUUUUUGGAGUUUAAAAAUAAAAAAAUAGCAACAAAGGUACGGAUGAGAAAACAAGGAGCUCGCAUCCAAGGCCGGGUUCUGAUUGUGGACUGUGUCGGGGAAAGACAGGAAGCUGACAGCAAGAGUGCAAAAGCUGCACCACGUCCCAGUAAAACCCUGUUUGUGGGCAAUUUGUCUUCCAAGGUGAAAGAGGAAAACCUGAAGAGUGUCUUUCAGAACGCCGUCAGCAUCAGCAUACCUCAGAGCCAAAGCAAACCGAAGCGAUUUGCGUUUGUGGAGUUUGCGACUGUGGCAGACGCUAAAAAGGUGCUGCAGUCGUCCAAGAAGAUUAAAGUCGGCAAAAGAGAAGCCAGAAUGCAGUUCAGCGUGACGCCGAAGCCAGAGAAGCCUGAAGUGCUGUCAAACACGCUGAUUGUGCUGGGCCUCGCUGAGAAGACGACGGCUGAGACGCUCAGAGGUGCCUUCGAAGGAUCCGUCGACGCCAGAGUCCUGGCAGAUAAAGAGACGGGAGUUUCAAAGAGGUUUGGCUUUGUGGAAUUUGAGAGCGACGAAAAUUGCAAAGCUAUCAAAGAAGCCAUGGAGGACUGUGAGAUCGAUGGCAGCAAAGUGACUGUCGCCUACGCAAGAGCCAAGAGUGAGAAAGGCCAGCGAGGUGCCGGAGGAGGCUUGACGGGGCGUCCCGGUAGGCAGUCUGCAGCCCCGGGGCCAGCCGAAGGGCAACGUGGAGGCAAAGAAGAAAGCCUCAAAGGUGGAAAAAGCAGCAAAAAAGGUAAAGGACGUGAAGCUGCCACGCCGCAGGACGCUGUGAAAAAAGGGAAAAAGUGUAAAAAGUAGCCUGACCUGAGGAAGCUCACCGGCUACACUUAAGCCCAACAGCGUUCAUGGACAUGACACAUUUAGCGUUUAAGUGCUCGGAUUCAUCAGGAUGGUUUUGGUGCUGAUCCGUGGAUUGUUCUGAGCCUCUCGCUCCACCGUUCUCACUCGUUUCCUCUGAGAUGUUUCACAGUGUGAAGCUCUUUGUAGUUCUUAUUAAUUGUUUACGCUGCGGCUGCCGCCCCGUGAAAACGCUCGGCUGUGAGGUUGUAGCCUUUCCCCGUCUGUGAUCAGCCACAGUGUGCAGCUCUCUCUCUCUCCUCCUCAGUAAUGGAGCCUAAUAACGAGCUCAUUAAGCUCUUCGGUUUCAGUUCUAUUUUACCAGCGACUGACCAGAGAACUCCUGCAUCAGCGGCUCUCGGUUUGUAGAGCAUCAUCCAGAACCUGGGUUGAAAUGACCGUUUCCUAUGUCACAGAAGCUGUAUUUUUGCAAAUUUGUGAUAAUUUCUGAAUAAUUUGGACAGUUGCUUUUUUUUUUUUGUUAAAAAAAA